GCACAUUUCGCUCACUAUCAUAAGUAUCAUUCGAUUGCUCUUCUCGAUCUCUACUGAAGCAAUUGCAUAUUAUAAACUGAUCCAAUUCAAUUGUUAGUCGAUUCAAUAAUUGGAGAUGGGUAGUCCUGAGAAGAGUCAAAGUAAGGGCUUCUUCGCCGCAAUGUCCUCUGGUUUGUCUAUGUUCAGUAAUGCCAUGCAUAGAUCUGUCAACGGGUUGCUUGGUUAUGAAGGAGUAGAAGUCAUAAAUCCAGAGGGGGGCAAAGAAGAUGCUGAGGAGGAAGCUCAGAGAGGAAGAUGGAAGCAAGAGGAACGAGAUAGCUAUUGGAAGAUGAUGCACAAAUACAUAGGUUCAGAUGUUACAUCGAUGGUGACACUUCCUGUCAUUAUAUUUGAGCCAAUGACAAUGCUUCAGAAAAUGGCAGAGUUAAUGGAGUACUGUCACUUGUUGGAUCAAGCUGAUGAAUGUGAGGAUCCCUAUAUGCGGUUGGUAUAUGCUGCAUCAUGGGCUAUAUCUGUUUACUAUGCCUACCAGCGAACCUGGAAGCCUUUUAAUCCUAUUCUUGGCGAGACUUAUGAAAUGGUUAAUCAUGAAGGGAUCACAUUUAUUGCAGAACAGGUGAGUCAUCAUCCCCCAAUGAGUGCUGGGCAUGCUGAAAAUGACCAUUUUACUUAUGAUGUGACAUCAAAGUUAAAAACCAAGUUUUUGGGGAACUCUCUUGAUGUUUAUCCUGUUGGAAGAACACAUGUUACUCUUAAAAAAGAUGGCGUGGUCUUAGAUUUGGUGCCACCUCCCACUAAGGUCAAUAAUUUGAUUUUUGGACGAACUUGGGUUGAUUCACCAGGGGAGAUGAUCAUGACAAAUUUGACAACAGGGGAUAAAGUUGUUCUCUAUUUUCAACCAUGUGGUUGGUUUGGAGCUGGUCGCUAUGAAGUGGAUGGGUAUGUUUAUAAUGCAGCUGAGGAGCCUAAAAUAUUGAUGACUGGGAAGUGGAAUGAGUCUAUGAGUUAUCAACCAUGUGACUUGGAAGGGGAACCUCUUCCAGGCACAGAAAUGAAAGAGGUUUGGCAUGUUGCGGAUGUUCCUGAGAAUGACAAAUAUCAAUACACAUAUUUUGCACAUAAAAUAAACAGUUUUGACACUGCUCCAAAGAAGUUAUUAGCAUCAGAUUCUCGUCUACGUCCUGAUCGAUAUGCACUUGAGAAGGGUGAUAUGUCCAAAGCUGGUGCUGAAAAGAGCAGUUUGGAGGAGAGGCAGAGAGCUGAAAGGAGGACCAGAGAGGCCAAUGGGCAUCAAUUUACACCCAGAUGGUUUGACUUGACUGAGGAAGUUACAUCUACACCUUGGGGUGACUUGGAAAUCUACCAAUUCAACGGAAAAUAUUCUGAACAUCGGGCUGCUGUAGAGAGUUCGGGUAGCAUAGAUGAGACUAAUGUUGAAUCAACUGAGUUUAACCCAUGGCAGUAUGGUAAUCUGUCUGCAGAAUGAGAUGAAUGUUUGAAUAUAUGUUCCUGUUUCAUGGGCAUCAUACAAAGGACAGUCAUAAUGAAAGGUAAACUUAUGAUUUUAACGUCCAAGCAGAGCUCAUCACUUUUGACUUGUAGAAAAUAAAAUACAUUUCUGAAUUAGCAAUGAUAUGUGUUCACAUUUUUAGUACACAAUUGAAGUAUACAAAUAAUGGUGAUUAGAUGUUAUUUUAUUUUUAAUUUAAAAUAACUCAAUCACAUAAUAAUACAUUAUUUGUAUACCUAAAUUAUGUAUAAAAAAUGUGAAUAUAUAAUUUUAUUAGUUUUCGAACACUAUCUUCAACCAAUGGAUUGUCUGGGUCUUGGCUUGGCAACCUACUUUACUUGGUACUUUCUUUAAGUGCCAUUUCUAGUUGGCUUGGUAUGGCAUGGCCUCCUUAAAAUCUCGUAACACAAUGAUGCCA